AUGACCGAGAAAGCAGCUUCAGAUAUAGGAUAUAGUUCAGAGGUGUCGGAAAGUCUUGACGUCGACAUUGCAAAAAAUCUGGCGCUCGACGCUACCGAUGUUGUUCUCACUCCAGAGGCUGACAAGAAGCUAGUUCGAAAAAUAGAUUUGCAUCUGUCUCCUCUAAUGUGUCUGCUGUAUGCAGUACAAUACAUGGACAAGGCGAGUAGUAGCAACGCUGCUAUUAUGGGUCUUAGGAGUGGUCUGAAAAUGAAAGGCGACCAAUACUCAUGGGUAGGAUCGGCAUUUUAUUUCGGGUAUCUAUUUGGUCUUUUCAUGUUACCACCAUUGCUCCAAAAAUCGAGGAAGUUCAUGAAGGUACUCUGUUCUAUCAUUGUCUUAUGGGGUCUCGUUCUAGCAGUGCAUGCAGCUCCAUCAGUGAACUACGCUACUUUCAUAUUUUUAAGAUUCUUACUAGGAUUCCUGGAGAGCGCUGUCACUCCAGCCUUCACUAUCAUAACUUCACAAUACUGGAAAACAGAAGAACACUUCCUUCGCGUUUGCGUGUGGUUCGGAUUCAAUGGCCUGGGUGGUAUAUGGGGCUCUGCCAUGGCGUACGGCUUGUACGACCGCAAAGACAAUUAUGCCAUACCCGCAUGGAGGCUUGUGUUCUUGGUUACAGGAUGUAUUACGAUAUUCGUAGGAUUCCUCAUGGCUAUUUUUCUACCAGACUCUCCAGACAGGGCGUGGUUCCUCAGUGACCAUGAGAAAAGACUAUUAGUGAAGAGAAUACAAGGAAAUCAACAGGGUUUUGGUAAUCACAGUAUCAAGAAAUACCAAAUAGCCGAAGCUUUCAAAGAUGUCAGAACAUGGCUUUAUUUCUUAUAUUCCGUUGCCUCUCAGAUUCCCAACGGUGGUCUCGGCAACUUUCAAACAAUUCUUUUCAAGGAGGAGUUUGGUUUCUCGACUAAAACAACCCUUUUGAUCUCGCUUGGAACAAACGCUGUUGAAUGGAUCGGAUGUCCGUUAUUUGGGUGGCUAAGCUAUCUUUGCUACAAGAAAAGUAUAAAAGGUUUGAGCAGCAGACUGUCUUGGGCGUUCAUCGCCAUUUCAAUUGUCUUCACCGGGGUAUGCAUGCUGGCAUUUGCAGAUAAGAGCAAGAACAGUAAAAUGGCAGGUCUUUUUUUCUAUCAGCUCUCUCCUGUGGCAUUCAUAUGCGUUCUAUCGAGUAUUUCUUCGAAUACGUUGGGCUUUACCAAAAAAUGGACGGUAUCUUCUUUGAACCUUGUUGCUUAUGCUGCUGCCAACAUAGCGGGGCCCCACACAUUCAUUGAUUCUCAGGCUCCAGACUACAACGGUGCAAAAGUUGCCAUUGUCGUGUGCUACGCUGCGGCCCUCGUUAUCAUUACUCUACUCUAUGCUGUCAACGUUAGAGAGAAUGGUAGAAGAGACAAAUGCUUGAAUGACAGGGUAAACGGAAGUCAGUUGGGAACAGGAUUUGACGAUUUGACCGAUUUCGAGAAUCUCAACUUUAGAUACGCCUUGUGA